AUGGGGUCCGAUUGCUUCCUGUGUUGGUUUGAGGAUGUGGAAGCUAGGGACAGCGUUUUGAUUGGCGGGCCUUGGUAUGUGGCUGGGCAGAUUAUUGGGGUGGAAAAAUGGACUGCGGGCCUUUCCCCGAAAACAGCGAGGAAGUUCACAUUGCCGGUUUGGCUCAGGCUACCGAAUCUUCCUCUUGAAUAUUGGGAUGAUGCGAAUUUGGCGAGGUUGGCUUCUGGUGUGGGGGAACCCCUGUUUAUGGAUGAACAGACAAAACAAUGGAAUAGAUGCGCUUUUGCACGUGUUUGUGUUCGCUUGGAUUUAUCAAAGAGCUUGUCGAAAGGUGUCUGGGCUCAUGGAUUGAAUGGGAAAUUUUUCCAACCAAUCGAGUAUGAAGGAAUUCCGACGAUCUGUCUCGGGUGCGGGAUGGUUGGUCACAAGGCUGAGGUGUGUAGGGUGCAAAAGCCGGAGCCUAAGGUACUUAACCCGAGACCAUACAGGUCUGAUCUCGUGCACACGGGCUCUGAGAGGGCCAAUUCCCUGGGCCAGGACGGAGCUGAUUGUUCUUUCCACGGUCCUAGCUCUUCGGGGGAUGGGACCACGAAUUGCGGAGAUGAUUGUGGGGAAUGGACCAUUGUGACGAGAAGAAGAAGAUCCCGACCGGCCAAGGCUGGAGAGAAACCAAACAAUAGCGUCAAGGGGCAGGCAUUGCCGAUUGGAAAAUCUGACAACAACUCUGUUUGGAGAGUGGCGGCCAAGGUACUGGAUACGGUGGAGGCCCCUUCCGUGGGGACGGAUGCAGGAGAAUUGAACUCAGACAACCAAUCUAAUGAGGCUUCUGUGCUGGCUGUGGUCAACGGUAGUACACCGGGGGAGGGAAUGAUGGUUGAAAUGUCGAUGACCCCAAGUGAGGGGAUUAGGCCUAAUAGGGACUCUUUGAAAGACGGCAGGGUUAUCCCUGAACUCAAGAAACAAUUGCCUGAUGAAGAAUGGCUCUGCCCGUGGAACAAUUCCAAUUUGCAUGAUAGUAGACAGGAAGUGCAUGUGCGGCGGAAUUACUCCAAAGAUUCUCUUGAUGGGCCGGUGGUUCCUAGAGUGUUGAGGUUUUCAGAUUCUAAGGCCAAGACUUGGAAACCUUACAAUACUCUCGGCAGAAGGACCCGGAUGAUAUUGGCUAAGGCGGAAGGGGAGACACUGGGGAACAUCGGCUGUGGAACUCAGAUAAUGGGGGACCCCUCAGGCCGGCUGAUUUGGAGGACUAGGAGGUAUUGA